AUGUUCACUUUCACUCUCNGAAGCAGCCCAGCAGAGGAUGACUAUGUGGAUACGUUACUUGCAAAAGAGAUGAGUUUCGGGUUUAGAAAUGAUAAAUCUUUGGUGUUUGGGAACUGGGUCAAAUGCGCUCGUUUGGAAGCAAUUGCAUGGAUUCUCAAAACCAGAGCUGUGUUUGGAUUCGGUUUCCAGACUGCUUAUCUUUCAAUUAUGUACUUCGAUCGGUUCCUUUCCCGGCGGGCCAUUACUAACGAGAAGGUGUGGGCAGUUAGGUUACUGGCAGUGGCUUGUCUUUCUUUAGCGGCGAAAAUGGAGGAAUUGAAGGUUCCAGCUCUUUCAGAAUUUCCAGUGGAAGAUUUCAACUUUGAAAGCAAANUCUUUGCUUAA